AGUCUCAUUACUGCAUGUACAAUGAGCCACUACUCUCAGCCUGACCACUCCGAUGCUGGACAGAGGAACUUUAUAUGAACUGCAUGACCUGACGCUUAUAGGAAUUAAGAGACAGAGCAGACUUCGAGAUCAUGCAGGAACUCAGAUGUUUCAUGUUCCCCAAGAACAUUUAAUUUGAAGGUUGCUCCAAUAUGAAGGGCUCAAAGAGGCAUUAAGCUUAAAGGAUUUCCAGUUUGGUUGUUUUACAUCACCAUGGAGAUCAGGAAAGUGCAUUUGAAAUGCCCCGGGACAGUUUUACUGACCAUGAUGAUGUUCAAAUGGGGUAUAUUCUGCUCUGGUUCAUCUGACAUGUGUGCAUCUUCACCCUGUCAAAAUGGGGCGACAUGUGUGGAUACAAUGGACGACUAUGUGUGUUUAUGUUCACGGGAAGGAGUGCGGUACACUGGGAAGGAGUGUGAUGAGCUGUACAAUGCUUGUGUGUUUGCUGAAUGCAAAGGGUGUGAGACUGAACUUGGCACGGAGCAGUACACCUGUCCAGAGGACUUCAACGAGUGUGAAAGUGGACCAUGUUUAGGUGCCCUCUCUGAGUGUGUAGAUGAGCUGAAUGGCUACAAAUGUCUGUGCCCACCUGGUUUUGGAGGAGAGGACUGCAGUCAUCACAUCACAGACUGUAUUGAUGAACCCUGCCUCAACAAUGGCACUUGUAGACGGAUAGUGGACGGAUUUGAAUGCACCUGUUCACAAGGUUUUCGUGGUGAGACCUGUGAUGAGAAUGUGGAUGAUUGUGAUUCACAUCCUUGUCAGAAUGGUGCAAUCUGUGUGGAUGACACCAACAAGUAUCACUGCUUCUGUGUACCCGGAUACCAAGGACACAACUGUGAGAUUGACAUAAACGAGUGUGCAUCACAACCUUGUUGGAACAAUGGAACUUGUAUUAAUGGAAAAGACCAGUACCUGUGUGAAUGUCUGCUGGGAUAUACAGGAGUAAACUGUGAGAUGGAGAUCGAUGAAUGCGAGUCAAAUCCUUGCAAAAAUGGAGCCAUCUGUCAUGACCUAGUGGGGCUGUACACCUGUGACUGUGUGCAGGGGUUUGAAGGCUCGGACUGUGAAAUCAAUAUCGAUGAAUGUGAGAGUGAUCCAUGUCAGAAUGGAGGAAUCUGCUACGACCUCAUCGAUAGUUAUAGGUGUGAAUGUGAAGGCACUGGGUUUAUGGGAGACCACUGUGAGGAGGAUAUUCCGGAGUGUGCAUCACAUCCUUGCCAACAUGAAGCAACUUGUCUAGAGGGCAUUAACCACUACAAUUGUACCUGUUGGCCAGGUUUUGAAGGGGAUAACUGUGAGGUGGAUAUAGAUGAAUGUGCUGAUACUCCGUGUGAGAAUGAUGGGGAAUGUUUUGAGAAGUCAAAACCAGAACACUGGGAAACAGACUGGGAGAUCACCUACGCCACAGCUGCAGGUUACAUCUGUCAGUGCCAACCAGGAUACACAGGAGAGAACUGCUCAGUGAACAUAAAUGAGUGUGUAUCUGAGCCAUGUCACAAUGGAGGCAGCUGUGAGGAUCUGGUAAACGGAUACAAAUGCGUAUGCCCGGAGGGGUUUGCAGGUGUAGAAUGUGAGGUUAACAUAGAUGAGUGUGAGAGCGCCCCCUGCCUGAAUGGAGGUGUAUGUGAAGAUGGAGUGGCUGACUAUAAGUGCCAUUGUGCAGAAGCCGAGGAAGGUCUCUUGCCAUGGGGGGGACCCCAAUGCACUGUGCAGCUACUUGGUUGCAUUGACCAUCCAUGCCAAAAUGGUGCCACCUGCUUGCCAUGGUUGAAUGUUGAGCACGGACAUACUUGUCUUUGUCCACCUGGAUUCUAUGAUGACGUAUGUUCAACACCAACCACAUUCUCCUUCUCCUUACCAAAGUUCUUUCUUAUUGAAGUUCCACCACUCGAGCGCAGAAAGAGAGACAUAGAAGAACAGGAACACCCCCUCGGGGUCCGCCUACGCUUCCGCACCACACUGCCUGAUAUGCUGCUGUUCUUUCGUGGCAAUGCUGAGUUCUUCCUCUCUCUGGAAAUUGUUGGGGGUGAGCUGCGUGCCAAGGUGCUAUCAAAAGAGGGAGGGUCGCUGGAGGCAAAAUUACCAGGGCUUAUAAGUGAUGGAGAUUGGCAUGAGGCAGUGGUGAACAUUGAUGAAUGGGAUCAGGAUAUCAGACUUGUGCUGCAAGUUAAAGGUCCAGGCUGUAACAAUCAAGCAUGCAAAGUUGAACACAAGCUACCAGAUGGUCAAGAAAGUUUCUUGCACCGUGACAGCCUCACAAAGUUGUAUGUAGGGGGAGUACCAGAGGAGUACAUGGAGCUAACCUUAAGUGGUCAUGGCUUUUUGGGUUGUAUGGAGGACCUACAGGUGGAUGGCCAUAUUGUUCUGCCACAUGAUCUUGGAGAUGAAGAGGUGAGCGUAGAGUUCGGCUGCGUAAAGACGGAAUGGUGCGAGGUGGACCCAAAUCCCUGCUCUCAACAAGGGCACUGCAUCGACCUCUGGACGGGCUACCGCUGUGACUGUUAUAGACCUCAUUAUGGCCAUGACUGCAGCCAAGGUUUCUCCUUUUGGACAUUCGGUCAUGAGAACUCGACUAGCUAUCUUGCAUUUGUACUGCUGUCUGAUUUUGGCAGGAACUUUAGUGUGUCAUUCUUCCUACGAUCUCUUAAAUCAAGUGGAUUAUUAUUUCAGCUACGUAAGGCAGGACAUCAACGGACAGAGGAGGAUGAUGCUUAUUUUACCAUGUACCUGGAAAUGGGACGAGUACAGGUGACCUCUGUGGUGGGGUCACCCAUCCUAUCAUCACCGGUGUUUGUCUGUAAUGGAGAGAAACAAAUGCUUCAGAUAGACAUACAGGAGGGUCAGGUGUUCUUUAGCCAUGGUGGAUUGCGCUACGGGCUUGGCUUUCUGCCUGACUUGGAGGUUCUGGAAGGAGACCUGGUGUAUGUUGGUGGGUUUCCAAAUGAAGAGGGUGCAGCUGAUUGGGGGGGUCAUUUUAAGGGCUGCCUGCAGGACCUGAGACUAGAUGAUGUGCAUCUGGAUGUGGAAGUCUGGAAUAGUACCCUCAGUGAGACUCUUUUUAUCUCCAGUGAUGCAAAAAAUGUGCUUCCUGGAUGCAUAAGUGAUGACAUAUGCAAGAUGGAGCCUUGCUUAAAUGGUGGAGAGUGCACAGUCACAUGGAAUGACUUUACUUGUUUCUGUCCAUGGGAUUUCACAGGAAAGAGAUGUGAAACUCGGGUUUGGUGUGUCAGUGACCCAUGCGUAAAUGGUGGACGCUGCAUGGAUCUGUUGGAUGGUUUUGAGUGCAUUGCUAAUGCGACUUUUGACAACACACCCUUACACUACAGUGCUAAGGGAUCUCUAGUUUACUCGGUGACCAACGUGACCAUGGAUCUCCGUACAAGGCAGGAAAAUGCCGUAUUACUUCGUGCAUGGAGAGGGACGGAGCUUCUACUGAUUGGUCUUGUGGAUUCAGCCAUUCAUGUGGAGCUCCAAACCGAAAACAACGUGGAACCAGUGAUAUUCUCUGGACAGAGACAGAUUGCAGAUGGAAACUGGCAUCACCUGCUGGUUGCCAUGGCCAGUCCAGAACAUGAUGCAUCGCAGUGGUUCAUUUUGGUGGAUGGCAUCAUCGACGGUAGCAGUGCACCGGAACUUGCUGGUAGCUUAAGUUUUCUUAAAGAUUUGUCAAGUGAAGUUGCACUGGCAGAGACAUACACAGGAUGUAUAGGCGCUGUCAGAGUGGGUGAGGUUUACCUUCCAUUUGUAGACAAUGCCAAAUCACCACAAACAUCACGGUUUUGGCGACGACAAGAUGAGCGUGUGCGCAUAGGCUGCUUUGGUGCUCCAGUGUGCCACUCUCAUCCCUGCAGACGUGGUGGUACGUGUGUGGAUCUCUUCAAUACAUUUGGCUGCCAGUGCCCAUCAGGCUGGGAAGGGAUCACCUGCGAGAAAGAAACAGACGAGUGCAUCUCAGGACCCUGUCUUCAUGGCAAGUGCAAAGACAAGUUUAAUGGGUUUGACUGCUUGUGUCAUCCAGGAUAUGCUGGACCUACAUGUUCAGAAAACAUAGACGACUGCAAAGGAUCGAAGUGUAAGAAUGGGGGAACCUGUGUGGAUGGAGUUAAUGACUUCACCUGUAUCUGUCCACCUAAGUACAGCGGAACACGUUGUCAGUAUAACUUCCCUCCUUUAAAGUGUGAACUGGAUGUUGAAUGUGAAAAUGAUGGCGUUUGUUAUGAUACUCAAUGGGGGGCAAACUGCACCUGCCCUCCAGGAUUCACAGGAGACAGAUGUGAGAAAGAAAUUGAUGAGUGUGCAUCUAGCCCAUGUCUAAAUGGUGGAUCGUGUCUGGAUCGGCUGAAACGGUUUCAAUGUUUGUGCCCAGCAGGCUUUAGUGGCCAAUUCUGUGAAACAAAUAAACAAGCUCAGCAAGAACAUAUACCAUGGUUUGCAAUAGCGGUUCCUUUGGCAUGUGGCUGUAUCCUCUUGGUGGCCAUUGGACUCAUUUUUAUGUUGAUGACAGCACGCAGGAAGCGGCAAUCUGAAGGAACUUAUUCCCCAAGUCAUCAGGAGAUUGCUGGUGCACGCCUGGAGAUGGAUAGCAUGCUGAAAGUACCACCUGAAGAGCGACUAAUUUGAACACCCAAACAGAUGUAGAUAAAGGGGCUCUAAUAUUAUCUGUGUGACUCUGGAACUACACUGGAACUUUCCAAGACCUUGUGGUAUUACAGAGCCACAGUGAGAAGCAAGUGCUACAUCAAACGAGCAACAUGAAGAUGUAUGGUAAUACGAGUGUAAGAGGAAAAACAUGAAGGCAUUAAAUACGGUUAAUCUUUUGUGGAGACCUAAAACUUUGGAAUUUUACCAGCAACUCUCUCAAAUGUAGUUGAACUUGAACUUGGUGAUUAUUUACCUCAUGGUACUGUAUGCCGGAACGGCUUUGACAAAUACUGCAAAGAGAUGGAAAUAAGAGUUUACAUUCUUCCCACAGCAUUUAAAAUCUUUAACCAAUCCCUCUCAAAGAUAAGAACUUUAGUGCUAAUGAAGGAGUGCACAACAUUUUGAAUAAAAAAAUUAAUAAGAUAAAAAAUUCACAGCAUUUGAAUGUACAAUGUCUGUAUGGUAUAUAUGUAGCAAGACUGUUAACGAGCUACUAUUCCUGCUGUAGGCUACACUGGAUAUGAUAAUCAACACUGAGGAAUGUGGCUUCAUAUUCAUGCCAAUAUGAACAAUUAGCCAUAUAUUAGAAUUUUCAAGGGUGGAAAACAACUGAAACUAAUUACCAUUUUAAAGUAAUGCAUUUUUUAAAAGAAAAACUGGGCGUUGCUGCUUUGCAUAAUUCAUUUCAUUGUUGUGUUCACAUUGUGUCAGAAUUACCCUAAUUAUGUGUUCCCAAAUGCUAAAAACUAUUUAUAUCUUUGCUGAACGCACAAUCACAAGUUUGUAAGAAAUAACAAAACCUUUGAAUUUUGAACAGAAAAAUCUCUGGCUUUAUUUGACUGAUGUUACAUCAUGUACAGUAUAAACAACCAAAAAGACUGCAAGUAAUGAUAGUUAUGUAGCAAUGUCAGCACAUCUUCGUCUGAAAUGCUAUUUUUUAGCCAAUAACCUGCACUUCCAGUAUUUAAUAUAUGAGACAGCGAGAAGUGUUUUAAUGUAGUGAUUACAUUUUUGCUAUCAUAGACAGCAAAGCUGCAUAGCUAUUUAACUGUUAUGGGUGGAGUCACAAGGCAAACAGCUUUAAGCUGAAUCUGAGCAAAAUUGGUAUUAGCAAAAAAGGAAUUAUGGUAAUUCCAACAGAAUGUGAACACUUUUUUUUUUCCUGUUUGAGACCAUUAUUGGAAAAACUGUGAAUAUGUUACUGUUUGACAAUCACUGCACUUGACAUUUUUAGGAAUGUGUUCAUACUACUAAAGAUAAACAAACACCACCGUCAUUUAAACACACUUACCUCUGCAUACACAUGCAAAUAUGAUCUCAUGAGCGGUGAAAUAAUAUUCUGCCUGUGUGUGAAGAUGAAAUAAGAGAUGAGAGAUAAACAGAAGAACAAAUCCUUGCUGAUGUCUAAAUGCUGUAAAAACUGAGUGAGUGUAUAUAUUGUAAAUUGUGGCUAUAAUUUUUCUUUCUUUUUUUUUUUUGGGUCGCAUUUCAGUCAGACUUUCUUCAAAUGCAUGCAUAGGAUUUACUAAAACUAAACAGUAAAGUGUAAGCUACAACAUUUUAGGAAUAUAUUUUUGAAUGUGUAAAUGUGCAAAAAUUGUUUAAUAAAAGUGUUUGUGUUUGAAUGUUUAAAAGGAGUUACAGCUUAAAUAAUUAGGAAAAGUUACAUGCAUUUUAACGUUAAACUGACAGUCCUAAAAAAAUAAGAUAUGCGCAAGAAUACUGGGAAAGAGAACGGUUAAAAAUAAAUGAAUAAAUGUGAGCAAAACAAAGCUCCAACUCACCAUUUUCACAUGAAUAUACUAUGUGCUUUUUUUAAUUAUGGCAAACACAAAUAAUAACAUCCAAAUAAUAAUAAUUAAAAAAUAAAAAAAAGUGCAAGAUGAUAAUAACAGGAUAUGAGUUCACAUUAGGAUACAUUCCAAGAGAAAAUUGUAUUUUACACAUCAGAAACACAUCUUGACAGUUCAACCUUGUUGAGAGCCGCACUGUCCUACCAUUCAAGCGGAGAAACCUCAAAGGAUCCUGUCAAAAUAGGUCCUACAAUGUUUGUUAAAUCCAUGCCAGCCAUAUUUUCAAAACCUCUUUUACCCAGACAUAGUAGAUUAUAAUUUGAAACGUUUCCGCUGGAAUACAAAAUACAAUCACAUUUAGUGACCGGCCUCAAUGACUGCUGUGCAGUGAUGUCAUCUACAAUACUUCACCCAGAACAACUUUUAACACUAAACAUGUUUGGAUGUCUUGCCAGUUGAGUCACUGUAUGGGGAAAAAAUAUCACAGCUUCAACUCAUCUGACGA